UUUUAAUUUUUUUCCCCCUUUCUAUCAGCACUUUUUUCUACUCUACCAUUAAUAAAAAUACAUAUAGCUAGUGGAAUUUAGGCGUAUGUACAUUUAUGUAUCGCUGAGUCUUAUCUGACCUUAUCUUCAGUCUAUUUCAAUUCCUGAUUUUCUAUUGCUAAUUGCUGCUCUGCAGGUUUUUAUAGCCCCUGACUUCAAAAAAAUGAAAAUGGCAGCCUCCAAAGCUAUGCUGGUGUUUGCAGCCCUCCUAUUCACCGUGGGAUCGGUCCAAUGUCAAAAGCUGCCAAGUUUCGAUCUGCUGGAGGAGUUUCGUGUGCCUGAGUCGCGGGGAGUGAGGAGAGUGGAUGGCUCUCAACCUGAGGCAGUGGCCUACCGUGUGAACCCUUCCAUCCAUCUGAAGAGGACCAUGAGCGAUGUGUAUCCAGAUGGACUUCCCUCCGACUACUCCAUCAUUGCAACAUUUAAGGUGACCGAUGACGCUGCCAGGACGUCCUGGAACCUGUGGCAGGUCAGUGACCCAGAGGGACGAGAGCAGGUUGGCCUGCGUUUUCAGGGUGAUACACGCUCUUUAGACUUCUUCUACACCCGCCCCCAUGGGAGCCAGAUGUUGAGAACCUUCAAUGGUGUGGAAAAGCUGUUUGAUGGACAGUGGCACAAGCUGGCGCUGAGUGUGAAGGGCAGCCAGGUGAAGCUGCUGGUAGACUGCGAGGAGGUCCGAGUGGAGUCUAUUGAUGAGCCCAGGCCAGUCAUCCGCCGAGGAUACACCUCCAUCGUCAAGAGGGCAGCAAGAGAUCGCUCUGCAUCUGUGGACCUCCAGCAGAUGGAAGUGUCAUGUGACCCGGAGCAGGCUUAUUCAGAGGGCUGCUGUGAGCUCUCCAAUGUGUGUGGAGGAUAUGCAGAGAUCGGCCUAACAGCUGGAAGAGCAUCUUGCAAAUGUAUGCACGGACAGCCUGGCAUCCAGGGACCUUCAGGGCCAAAGGGUCACAUAGGUCUCCCAGGAAAAGCUGGAGACGCCGGAGGACAAGGAAAUUGGGGGAUCCGGGGGAACACGGGAGACUAUGGCAACGUUGGCGAGCCAGGCCCAAAGGGUGAAGAGGGCAUCAAAGGCGAGAAAGGGAUGAGAGGACCUUGGGGCCAAGUGGGAGACAGAGGUGCCAAGGGGCUGAAAGGGUUAGAAGGGGCCGCGGGCUUCAAGGGAGUUCGUGGACCACCUGGAAACAUCGGAGAGACUGGGAACCAGGGAGAAAUUGGCACUAAGGGUGACAGAGGAUAUGAAGGCAUACCUGGGUUUCAGGGAGUUAAGGGUGAAAAAGGGGCCACUGGUGUCGUAGGGCAGCCUGGACCCAGAGGAAAGCAGGGCAUUGUGGGGGAUCCUGGAGAAAGGGGAACAUCUGGAGAGAAGGGGAAGCCUGGAAUCCAAGGACCCGUGGGCAGAGCUGGCACCAUUGGAGCGAAGGGCAUUAUUGGAGAUCCGGGUUUACCUGGCAGAGAUGGUCAUCCAGGAAUAGAGGCUUAUCAAGGACCACAAGGCCUCAGUGGAAAACCUGGAAAAUUUGGAGCAAAGGGGGAGAAGGGCGCCCUGGGGCCAGCAGGAGAAAUGGGUCCCCAAGGACGAACCGGCCUGAGAGGUUACAAGGGCUCUGCAGGGAAGCCAGGAAGACCGGGAUUUAUUGGCCCACCUGGACCUACUGGACAUGUGGGUGUGCCUGGAAAACCAGGAACCAAGGGUGACACAGGAAUCCAAGGAAUCAAAGGAGUUAAAAGUGCACAGGGAGAAAAAGGAAUUAAAGGCGCAAAAGGAAAGGUUGGAGACAGGGGUGAGCAGGGUCCUCAGGGAGGACGGGGGAAGCGUGGGUCUGCAGGCCCACCUGGACGUUCAGGUCCUGUCGGAGUCAAAGGGGUUCGAGGUGAAGGAGGACCAGAUGGCUUUCAGGGGCCCCCGGGCCCACCGGGGCCAACCCUCCCUGCUCAACACGUGAUCGAGGUUUGUAAGAAAGUGGUCCUUGAGCAGAUGUCCACCUUUGCCAGCUCCGUAAAGAGGACGUGUGCUGCCGUUUGUCCUCUCUAUGGGGAUGUUCCCAUGGGCGCCCCUGGCCCCCCUGGACAGAAAGGACCACCCGGACCUCCUGGGGACCCUGGUAAUGAUGGCGCUGAUGGAGAAGUGGGCCUACCGGGAUUCUAUGGAGAAGCCGGAGAAUCAGGCCAACAAGGAGAAACAGGUGACAGAGGAGAACAAGGGGAUAAAGGAGCCCAGGGUCACGGCCUACCUGGCUUCACAGGAGAUCAGGGAUCAAAGGGUCAGCGUGGACGUACUGGCAGAGCCUUUAAUGGUCAGCCUGGGAAGCAGGGCCAGAGGGGGCACGUUGGCCGGCCUGGACUCAGGGGCCACCCAGGUCUCAGAGGACCUCCAGGUGUCUGUGUCACCUCUGGGUGCGCUCAGCUGAACUCAACUGGAGUGACACCUCAGCCGGCACCGCGGAGGUUGAGGAAUCGCCCAUAGAAGAUUAAAAAUGUGGACGGUGAAUUGAAUAUUUAGUUUAAAGGAGUAAAGGAAUUGUUUUUGUUAAUAUGUGUUUGUUCAAAUAUAUUGACAUUUUUCAUGUAAAUAUGCAAAUGAAACCUGAACUGAAUUUCUUGGAACAAAAGUUGCCUUAAAAAAACAUCGACUUAGAGGAGAGUGGUAACAAAAUAUAUUUGUAUAAAAAGAACAUCUUCAGCUAAUAGUUUUAUUUAAACUAAUUUCACAAGUUUAAGUUGUCUUUAAAAACCUGUUCUUUUUAAUAAAAACCCCAAAAUUGA